AUGGGCACUAGCACUCGCGGAUUGACCCCUGUGCCUGUGGCCCAGAGGAACCACUCACUGUACCGGUCGUUUCUCUCCCUCGUUGAGACCUUUAUCAUCGAGGACGGAAGCUUGUCGUAUCUCUCUGCAUUGGUUUACAGAGAAUACCUCUCUCCACUCCUAAUUACUCUCGUCGGGACACCACCAGCGACCGACGUUCUGCGCGUUCGCCCAAGUCGACCGCUUUCCUCGCUCCUCGAGGACACCCACCUCCCACCUCCCACCUCCCAACACCAGAACCGCCCAGCAUCCUCUGCCGAUUGCUGCGACCUUUCUCGAUCGCGCGACAACGAUCUUUCCGUUCCUUGUAGUAACGGAUACCAAGACCUGUGUGCCGCCCACCACCAGCUUGCCAUCAGCUUACCAUCACCCAGCGAACGCCCGAGUUCGAUUGCGGCGUCUGUCCCUUUCGGAGAGAGCGUUUUCGCACAGCAGUCGAACAGCACCGCGGCUCCUGCUGCCCCCUCUUACGCCUCUGCUGCCGGUGCCGCGAAGAAGCAGUCGUCUACGCCUGUGGUUGCGACCGGAUCUAACGCCCCGGUUGUUGCGACUGGUUCCUCUGCGCCAACCCCACAACAUGCAAAAUCGUCAUCUAUCUCGCCCAUGAACGGCCGGCCAAACAUAAUGCCUGCUGUCCCGAGCGGAGCGCCCAGUGCUCCAGCUGUUGCCCACGGCACCUCGGCCGUCAACGGCCACAACGAGCACAACCGAAAGAGUUCUGUCACCAUGAGUGCCAACGGGCCGAACAGCUUUUCGGCGAACGGUGGUUCUGUCAAUACCGCCAAGCCUGGCAACCUCCAAUUCGGCUUCAACGACUCACCGGCUGCAUCGCAUAGCACUCCCCAGCUCGGAUCUGCGCCUGUGCCUAUCCCCACUGGCAGCAAUCCUCGAGUAACUUCGCCUCAGAACUCACCGUCUCCCAUCCCGCAGCCUUCUGCGAGCGGUGGUCGACCUCCUUCCAGCGCUGCCCAACAGGGUGGUUCUAUGACUUUCGGCAGCUUCGGUGGUGGCGACGUCGAGGUAAGUAAUAAUCUGGCAUCCGCUCAUACACAUCUGUCGUCCCUUUCUGCGCUCAACAGUCUGAUGAACGAAAGUACAAUAAUGCUGACCAUGACACAUCAGCGACCUCACAUGAGAACGGCCUCCAGCUCGCAAGAUCCCAGUGCUCUUGGUCCGCAGCACUCACCCCACCUCCGACGGGGCUCGAAUGUUAGCGACGUCAGCAACCAAGCCGGUCCGCCUCCCGGAAACAUGGGUGGUCGAGGUGGUUACCCGGGCACCGGACGUGGUCGAGGUUUCAACAACUCAUACAAUCAGCCCGCCGGAUACCCCCCGAACAACUAUAGAGGCCCCCAGGGCAAUCAAGCACGAGGUGGAAUGGCUCCCAACUUUGGCAACGGACGACCUCCUCACCAGUUCGGAACACCACCACCGCAGAAUCGGAGCCCUGCCAUGCAGCAAGCCAUGCCGCAGCAUCCAAAUAUGCCUCCCACCCACAUGCCGCCGUUCUACUACGCACCUCCUCAUACUGGACCUCAUCAAGUUCCUCCCCAAGUAUUCACCCCUUCCAUUCCUUCUAUGACAAAUUAUCAGCGCUCAACCAAGACCAAGAAAAGGGGUGGUCGUCGUGAUAGCGAGAAGUACUCGAAUCAACAGCGACAAGUGGAGUCUGUCAGAAACAACACGGACUUCUACCCCAGUGUCGCACGCCAUAGUAGGCGAUUCGAACACCGAGCUGGGGAUAAUUUGCGGCGCGGUAGUCUCUCUUCAUAUGACAUGAUGGAAGGGCCACCCGCUACAGAUUCACCCACUUUCCCUUUCCCAUAUCCUCACCCUGCUGGGCCCUCGGGUCACAUUGAUCUCUCGCCUGAAAAUGGGAACUUUGAGUUGCUAACUAGUGAACAGCAGUUCAACGGCGGCUAUUACGAGCAGUCCAUGAGACAGCCCAUGCACGGCAUGCCUUACUACCCGCAGAUGAUGAAUAACCCAGGUUCCCCUAUUCCCGGUUACCAACCCACUUACAAUGGCCCCUACAAUCCUCCUGGCGGUCAGCCAAUGUCUCGAAGCACGUCACAGCUAUCAGCUGAUCAACGACCCGCUUCGAGUGCUAGCCAGGCUCAGCCGCCUGUUACGCAGGGCACGCCUCAAUCUCAGCCUGCACAGAUGAAGCCUGUGGUGGCCGCUUCGCCUCAAUUCACGCGUCCCGUUAGAAAGAGCGCUGCCAUCACAAUCAGGAAUGCCGCUGGUGAGCCUGUGGAUCUCAAGAACUUGAACGUUCCUCCAUCGCCAGCCACUGCCAGUCAGCCUUCUAGGACGCCCCCUGUCGCAUCUACUCCUACCCCGCCUCCCAAGGCCUCGACUCCCAAGCCAGCUGCUUCUACUCACACUCGAACUGAUAGCGUGUCGAAUGGCAAGAGCGCAGAGGAAGUGCGCAAUGAGUUCAAGCAGAAGAUGCUGCAAGCGGCUGGUAGCGAGAAGGGCAAGGAAGACGAAGCUGCUGCCAAGGCCGCCGCUGAUAAAUCUGCAGCUGAAAAGGCUGCUGCGGAGAAGACCGCCGCAGAAAAGACUGCUGCUGACAAGGCCGCUACUGACAAGGCCGCUGCUGACAAGGCCGCUGCUGACAAGGCUGCUGCUGAGAAAAUUGCCGCAGACGAGAAGACCAAGGCUGAAGAAGAGCUAAAGGUUGAGCAGAAGGCGAAAGAAGACGCAAAGGCGGCAGAUGAGGCCAAGGCUCAACAAGAAGCCAAGGACAAGGCCGAAGCUGACGCCGAAGCGGCCAAGGCUGCGUCUUCCAAGAAAGAAACCCCCAAGCCCGCUGAUCCAUCCGAGGAUGACGUGGAGGCAAUGAUCCGCGAAAUGGAAGAGAAUGAGAAGAAAGAAGAGGAGGCCAAUGCCAGAUAUGAAGCCGAGAAGGCUGCGAAGAAGAAGGCCGCAGAUGAGGCCAAACUCGCAAACGCCGCCGAUGAAGAUCGCAAGCUUCGUGAGCAGGAAAGAGAGAUGGAGCGGCUUGAGGAAGAAAGGGAGCGCAAACGCGCUGCAGGAGGCUCUGCCCCGAGUGUCAAAGAGGCUCUCGACCAGGUUCUGUCUAAGCAGCCAAACUCUAAGAGUGACAAUCCUUCGACCAGCGAGACUGUCACGAAGCUGGCCAAUCUCAGCCUCAACGACAAGUCGGCUUCAGCACCUGGUGCCAAGCCCAGCCCUGGUAGCCGCGGACCCAAACCCGCAGCCCUGAACCUCGCACCCCUCAACACCAAGUCGGUUGAGCCGCCCCAGCCCAGUGCAGCUCUUCAGUCCUUGAAGACCGCAAGACUCCUGGAUGUCAUCAAGACUGAUAUGUACCCACCUGGUAUCAAUUCCCCCAACCCUGCCAUCAACUCGGCAGUUGCCAAGAAGGGUACAUCCUUCAAGUACGACCCCGGCUUCCUUCUCCAGUUCAAGGCUGUGUUCACUGAGCAGCCUUCUCUCGAUUUCCACCAGCAAGUGAAGAGCCUCAUUGGUGACGGCGAAAGGGGACCCGCUUCUGCGCGGACCCCUGCGGGUGGUUCCGGUCGGCAGAACUCUAGGACAGGCGGCCCCGGUUUCCCCGGCCCUGUGAUGGGAGGAUUCGUAGCACCUGGGGGCCGCACACUGCCCCCUGGAACGACGUCCCAGCAGCGGUUCGAGAUGGCUUCUGACAGUAAAUCAAUGCCGCGACCUGCAAUGGGAUCGAUGGCUAGCUUUCAGCGACCCGGUGGCUCGUUCCCUGGUGGUAACCAGAUCAGCCGCACACCAUCGACGACGAACAUGGGUGGUGGCAGUAUGCCCCACUCUCCCAGGACGAACAGCCGUCGUGCCCCCAGCAAGCAGAACACAUUCAAUGCCAAGUCGGAAGCUCAGGCAGCUAAGACCAUGCCGCUUACCGCCCACAUGAAGAUCGAAGGCCUUCCCACUUCCACAACCGGUUGGAAACCAACCAGCAUUGGGAAAGGCCCGCAGAGCAGUAACCUUGCUCAAGCCGAUUAUAUGGAUCCUGCAAUGGUACAGCGAAAGGUGAAGGCUGCUCUCAACAAGAUGACUCCCGAGAAGUUCGACAAGAUAUCGGACCAGAUAUUGGACAUUGUUGCGCAGUCCAAAGAGGAGGCGGACGGCAGGACUCUUCGACAAGUCAUUCAACUCACUUUUGAGAAGGCUACAGACGAGGCGCACUGGGCUUCAAUGUAUGCCAAAUUUUGCAAGCGCAUGUUGGAGACUAUGAGUCCCGAAAUCCGGGAUGAGAGCAUCAAGGACAAGAAUGGUCAAGUCGUCAGUGGAGGCGCGCUGUUCCGAAAAUACCUCCUCAACCGAUGUCAGGAAGAGUUUGAGCGUGGCUGGAAGAUGCAGAUCGGAGCCAAGCCAGAAGAGGGCGAGGAGAACAAGACGGAAGAGGCUGUCAUGCUCUCUGAGGAUUACUACAAGGAAGCUGCUGCCAAGCGAAGAGGCCUGGGUCUGAUCCAGUUCAUUGGUGAGCUCUACAAGCUACAAAUGCUCACUGAACGCAUCAUGCAUGAAUGCGUGAAGAAGCUGGUCGACUACACCGGUGUGCCAGAGGAGGCUGAAGUGGAAUCACUUUCGAAGUUGCUACGUACCAUCGGUGCCAACUUGGAUGCCGCCGAUCGCCAGGGUAUGAUGGAUGCCUACUUCAAUCGCAUCCAGGGUAUGGUCAACUUGCCCGAGCUACCCAGCAGACUCAAGUUUAUGCUCAUGGACGUGUUGGACCUGAGAAAGGCCCGCUGGGUUUCGAAGGAAGCCAAUAAAGGUCCGAAGACCCUUGACGAGGUUCGCGCUGAGGCUGAGGCUGCGGCAGCCCAGAAAGCUGCUGAGGCUGCUCGGGGCAACCAGAGAGGCGGUCCUGGCGGACGCUCACAGUACGGGCGCAACGAUGGACGAAACUUCUCCUCUGGCUUCCCGCAACCCAUACCCAACCAAGUCGGAAUGGACGAUCUGCGACGCCUCAAGGGCGGCGCCAGUCGUCCUACGGGAGGCAGCCUGACUUUAGGACCACAGUCAAUGCUGGGUUCAAGAAGCAACAGCGGCCGUCGUUUGGGGAUGAACAGCUCGUUGGGAGGUCGCGGUGCAGAUGACUCCGGUGGCUCGUCGAGGACAGGUACCCCUCCUGUCAGAGAAAACCAGAACGCGUUCAGUCUAUUGGCCAACAUGGAUUCGGAACACCCGGCAUCACCUCCGUCUACGGCCGCGUCACCGGCUCUGGCCAAGGUCACUCCGGCGGCCGGUGGCAAGGAAGGCAAGUGA